AUGCUGACUUGUUCACAUUCCAGUACUCAAGAGGUGUGCCCAUCUUAUGGGGGUACCGAGGCGUCAUUACACCUGCUGUUUCCCUUGGCGCCCACCAUUUCCAAUUGCUGCUCCGACUCGGUUCCAGCGCAAGUUCACUUCUACUCCAUGUCCUAUUUCUCGAGCCUCCAGAAACACUUACACUGUCGCCUCACCGAGCAGAGCGACUAG